AUGGUCCGUGGCCAGCACGGGCCCGUGGAGGUGUUGCUGGAUUGGUGGACCUUUAGGCUAAAGAUUCAUUACAAUACUACUGCCCCCGGGCAUGUGACCUGGAUGGGACAGGAGUGGUUGUUAUAUAAGGAGAUGAGUUUUACCAUGGGCGAGUUCUGGGGGUUCGUGCAUGGCUUGGUCGGGGCCGCGCGGGAGUUCAUGGCAGGCCACCCCUGGCUGGAGUUUUUUACAGGAUGCGCGGACCUGGUGGCCCGUGGCUGGGCACAGCUGGCUGCUGGACCAGAUCGUGCAGGAACCCGCCAUGACCCGCACCUUCACCACCCAGGGGGAGGAUUCCACGCCAGCAAUGAUGUGAAGAUCAUCCACCGGUAUUUACCCCGGGCGAUUGGCGAGUUGGUUGUGUGGUAUUUAUGUCACCACCACAACCUGAGAUUAUGGGGACCCGACGUCGGCAGCAGCCAGGACUGGACCAGUGAGCAGUUCCGCGAGGUGUUGAACGCAUUCCCGAACAACGUGCAGGUUGAGCGGGAGCAAGAGAUGGCCACCAUGGAGGCAGAUGAGGAUCUUGAUAAGAUUGGGAAUAUUACAGACGAGCAGGCCGGCCACACCCCCCAUGUGGCCGGGAUGAUAUACGGCCGGGAGGUGACCAAGAUUUACUCGGGAGGACCACCCCGUAUUAGGCAAGCAGGAGAACCCGUGGGAGGAACAGGCAGUGGACCACCAGGUCCAGCGGCAGGCAUAGUUACAGGCGGCCAAUUUGGAGCAGGUAUUGCAGCGCAUGACCGGGCAGGAGAUUACAUUCCGCGGGGUGCAGGGGCCAGCCAUCAAAGCCAUCCAGGAUGGUGCCAGCCCGGUCGUGGCCAUCAUGCCCACCAGGAGCAGGAAGAGCAUGUUAUUCAUGUUACCCGUUGGUGCCAGACACUAGGGAUCUGUUAUAUAUCAUGGGAAAGCCGCCACCCCCCUAAUAAAGCUGCGAUUAUGCUAGUCACGCCCGAAUCCACCGAGAACCCCGAUUUCCACACAUUUUUGAACCGGCAGCAGUUGCUGCGGCGGCUGGACCGGAUUGUUAUUAACAAAUGCCAUGUGAUAUUGAACCCGCAGAAGGAUUUCCGGCCCGCCAUGGCCCGAUUAGGCUGA